AUGCCGGGCGGGUAUACGGCCCCGGAGGAAUCAGCUGCUCCCAGCCGCGCCGGGUACAACCCAGGACUACUUCUUUUUCCCGCCCAAAAGGCCCAGGGCGCCUGCGUCACAAGCACUGAAGGGGCGUGGCCACGCCGCGCAUCUGCGCUUUACGGCGGCCGCAAAACGAGGUGUGGCGAGGCAGGCGCGGGCCCGGAUCCAAGAUCAAAUUCAGCUGAAGUCAGUUCCUCUCAACCUGCCCUGGCAUCAAAGUCUCAAAGCAAGUGGGGGCCAACCAGCAACAACCCUGGCGGAGCUUUGACAACCACAGAAUUUGAGAUGGCUGGUAAUCGUUCUCAGAACAUAAAACACAGAGUAAGUCGGCACAUUGAUAGAACCUCCUCUAUAAAUUUCCUAUAUCUUAGUCACAUACCAGAGUUAAGUCAUCUGUCUUUGCUCAUUUUUCCCUCUAUGGACAACAUAGUAUGUUGGGAAGGGCUUUCCAGGAGGGCAUAACCGCGGUAUGAAUCUUACAUCACUGGGCAAGUUUCCACCUCUAGGCCUCAGCUUCCCUAUCUGCAAAACGGAGAUAAUCCUACCUGCCUUCAUAAUACCUUACAAUCGUCACAAAUAACUUUGUACACAAAAGGGCUAGGAUAUAUGUAGAUGCUUUACAGUAUUAUCUUUCUUCCAGUUUCUCAUUUUUAAGGUACUCAAAUACAUCCAUUUUAACGUUUUUCUGUAUAUACAUUUGCUACUGAAAAUUGAAAUCACACAUUGAAAUAUCCUUUUAUUGCAACUCAAAUUUUCAAAAACCAGAAAAUCAAAUUAUUGUGCUCUAGCCAAAUUAUGUAAUGUUUUCUUUUUCUUUUCUCUGUCACCCAGGUUGGACUGUAGUGGAACAAUCACAGUUCACUGCAGGAUCGGCCUCCUGGGCUGAAGUGAUCUUACUGCCUCAGCUUCCCGAGUAGCUGGAACUAUGGGUGAGCACCAGCACGCCCAGCUAAUUUUUUAAGAUUUUGUAGAGACGCGGUCUUGCUGUGUUGCACAGGCUGGUCUCAAACUCUGGCUUUAAGUGAUCCUUCCACCUCAGCCUCCCAAAGUGCUGAGAUUACAGGUGUGAGCCACUGCCCCAAUGGUAUCUUUAUAUUAUUUUUCCUUACAAGUUACUUGAAAUUCUUGAUGUUGAAUUUCAUCUCACUGACUUCAGGCUUUUAAAACACAUGGGAAUACUUGAGACCUAAGAAUUGUUGUGAGUCAAAUAAAAAAGUAGAGCUAAAGUAAACUGAAGUUAUUCAAAUACAUUCAAACUAUAAAGAUCCCUUAUAAAUUACUGGCAUCAAGGUAGGAAGGAAAAGAUACAAGAAGUAAAAUGCAACACUCAUCACAGGUUGUCAACAUUAUUGGUAUAGUUUAUCCUAACACAGAGCAGCUUUCUUAACCUGCUCCAUAAAAUUACCAGCAAGAAAAGUACAAGAAUAAGGUUCACAGCUGAAUUGGCUUGGUGUCCUAAUUCCCUAUUCCAGUAUUCUCAGAAGGAUCCCAUCUAUGAUAUAUGCAGAAAUCACAGCCACAUUUGAAUGGUUCAAUCUUGAUUCAUUCUGAAUUCCCUUAAGCCCAGCAGUUUCUCAUUCUUAAAAGGUAGGUCAUUAGAGCCCCAAAGCAAUUUUCGUAAUAAAUCUACCUUUGUAUAUUUAAGAAUAUGCAUUAAGGCCGGGAGUGGUGGCUCACGUCAGUAAUCCCAGCACUUUGGGAGGCUGAGGUGGGCGGAUCACAAGGUCAGGCAGGAGAUUGAGACCAUCCUGGCCAACAUGGUGAAACCCCAUCUCUACUAAAAAUAAAAAAUUUGCCCGGGUGGUGGCUCAUGCCUAUAAUCCCAGCACUUUGGGAGGCCAAGGUGGGUGGAUCAUGAGGUCAGGAGAUCAAGACCAUCCUGGAUAACAUGGUGAAACGCCAUCUCUACUAAAAAUACAAAAAAAUUAGCUGGGUGUGGUGGCGGGCACCUGUAGUCCCAGCUACUCCUGGGACUACUCGGGAGGCUGAGGCAGGGGAACGGCAUGAACGCAGGAGGCGGAGCUUGCAGUGAGCCGAGAUCGCACCACUGCACUCAAGCCUGGGCGACAGAGCGAGACUCCUCUCAAAAAAAAAAAAAAAUUAGCUGGGUGUGGUGGUGCACGCCUGCCUGUAGCUCCCUAGCUACUCAGGAGGCUGAGGCAGGAGAAUCACUUGAACCCAGGAGGUAGAGAUUGCAGUGAGCUGAGAUUGCACCACUGCACUCCAGCCUGGCAACAGAGCAGGACUCCGUCUCAAAAAAAAAAAAAAAAAAAAAAAAAGAA